AUGUCAUUACCUUUGAUUAGUGUUUUUCUACUUCUACAGUCUUUAAAAAUGGCUUGUGCAAUGGAAUAUAUGAGCUGUUUUGGAUACCUGAAGUCAAGUGUCUACAAGGAUGGAGACCCGAUACUGGGUGGGGGUUUCCCUUUUAAUAUCUUAGAGAUACAAUCUGCACAUAAAGGUUUUCUGAUAAAGCCAACUCUAGAGGUGUUAGAUACUUGUCUCUUGCUACUUCUGCAGCCUUUACAAACAGCAUGUGAGAUGGUAGAUAUUAACUGUCAUACAUACUUGAAGCCAAGUGUCUACAAGGAUGGGGACCUGGUACUGGCUGAGUUUUUCCCUCUUUAUGACGUGGGGGAACAAGAUAUACUUGCACACAAUUACCUGAUAAGGCCAAUUCAAGAAGUGAGAGAUGAUUGGUACCACUGGAAGAACUACCAAUAUGUACUGGCCUUUCUCUUUGCCAUUGAGGAGAUCAAUAAGAGCCCCCAUUUGCUCCCUACCCUUACCCUUGGUUAUGAUCUCUACAAUGCAUUUACCAGUAACAAAAGAACUUUAGAAAAUGCACUUCAUCCAUUUCUGAGGAAAAGCCGACUGACAAACAGCAUUGGGUACAACAUUCCCCUGGAUGAAGAAAGAAAUAGAAUACAGCAUAAUAUCCACAACCUCGAAUCUGUGUGUAGUCACAGCUGUGUUCCUGGAUUCCAGAAAAUUCCCCAGGAAGGAAGACCUGUUUGCUGCUUUAUUUGUGCUUCUUGCCCAGAGUCAGAGAUUUCAAAUCAAACAAAUGCAAAGCAGUGUAUCCAGUGCCCUUCUCAAGAGUAUCCAAACAGUGAGAGAACUCACUGCCUUCCCAAGUCUGUGGCAUUCAUGGCUUUUGAGGAUGCUUUGGGGACAGCCAUGGCCUGUAUGGCUCUGUGUUUCUUUGUCGUCACAGCUGUAGUUUUGGAAUUUUUUGUGAAGCACCGAGACACUCCCAUUGUCAAGGCCAACAACCAGGCUUUCAGCUUUAUUCUGCUUAUCUCCCUCCUGUUGUGCUUCCUCUGCUCCUUGCUCUUCAUUGGCCAUCCUAACACAGCCACCUGUGUCCUCCAACAAGUCACAUUUGGCCUUUUGUUCACUGUGGCCAUUUCCACUGUUCUGGCCAAAACAAUUACCAUAAUUCUGGCAUUCAAGGCCAUGAAGCCUGGGAGAACCAUGAGGUGCUUGUUGGUCUCAGGGGCUUCCAACUCCAUCAUUUCUAUUUGCUCCCUGAUCCAAAUGAUUAUCUGUGGAAUCUGGCUGGGGACCUCUCCUCCUUUUGUUGACAUAGACUCACAUUCUGAGCCCAGAAAUCUCAUCAUCGUGUGCAAUAAGGGCUCAGUCACUGCCUUCUACUGUGUCCUGGGCUACCUGUGCUUCUUGGCUCUGGGGAGUUUCAUUGUGGCUUUCCUGGCCAGGAACCUGCCUGACACAUUCAAUGAAGCCAAGUUUCUCACAUUCAGCAUGCUGGUGUUCUGCAGUGUCUGGGUCACAUGUCCCAUCUAUCACAGCACCACGAGAAAAUUCAUGGUGGCUGUGGAAGUCUUCUCCAUCUUGGCCUCCAGUGCAGGGCUUCUAGGCUACAUUUUCGUGCCCAAGUGCUAUGUUAUUAUGAUAAGGCCUGAUGAGAACUCCUGGAAAGCUUUAAAAAACAGAAGGGGUUCCAAAUUAAACAGGCAUUCUAAGGUUUUACCUUAUGUAUCUGUUGAAAAGCCCCUGGAAAAUUUCACCAUUCGUUCUGUCUGCAAUAAAGGUCAAGAACAGGACAAGCUGUACAGUUUUGCCAUAGCUAAAAGGGACCGGUAA